GCUUAGCCUGGCAAGGACCGACUAAGACCUAUGAGAAACUUCCACGUGGCGAUUCAAGUUUAUGCAGGCACAGCUACUCCCAUCGCUUUUGAACCAAAACCCUCUUCCCUUUCCUCCUCGUAUUGCGACAGCACAAGCAGCCGUUCAUAUUUUAAGUUGAGAAAACAGAGGCGAUAAAAAUGAUAAAAAGGCGAUUCUACAGGUUUGAACACGGUAAUAGGGAUGACCCUUCUGAAUCCUCAUCUUCUUCAGACUCUGAAGUGGAGGCAGAGGCCACAGAUGAAACAGAAGUUGAAGAAGAGGAAGAAGAAGAAAAUGUUGCUGCAGAUGUGAGGGAGAAAGGAGAAGCGACCUCUUCUUCUGGUUAUGAGAGCGAGGAUAGUUCAGCAAAUGAAGUUAACCUUGACUCAUCAGGUUUGCCUACGAGCGACGAUGAUGUGGCAGCUCAAGCUGGUGGGCAAGAUAUUAUUGGAAGUUUUACUAGUGCUGAAGGCAACAAUGUAUUUCCCAAGGCAGAGCUUACUCCUGAAAAGGAUGAGGUCCAAUUUGAUGCGAUGGAUUGUGUUCUAAAAUGUAAAUCAGUCUUCAAGUGCAAGCUGUGCCCCAGAAUUGUCUGCUUGUCAGAGGAGACUUUAAAGGCUCAUCUGAACUCCAAGAGACAUGCCCGUUCUGAGAAAUUACGUAGAGAAGGGAGGCUUAAGCUUAUGCUCAACGAUGAUGGACAAAUUGAGGGUGAGACGGCUCCUGAGGUUCAUCCUACAACUGCUGUGUCUGGACAGAAGUCUGAUAAACCAAAGAAAAAGGGCAAAGGGAGAUGGAAACAGAGGAAGAGAUCUAGACAGGAAAUAAGGCCAGAGAAAGCAAGACAAUCAACAGAGAAGCAGGGGAAGAGACGGAAGGAUGAUAGCUGAAAAAGAUGAUUACGACUUCCAAUUUUUGCCCUCACAACCUGAAUGCAGUUCCAAAUACAUAGAAGUUUAAAGUUCUACAGGACAAUCCUAGAAACAAGUUGAUAGACUCUUUCAGUUUUGUUUGCUUUGACAUCUUGCCAGUUUUACCUAAAUGCUCGGGAUUCCCAGAAAUUACAUGAGUCGAAUGAGGAAAAAAGUGGGUUAUUUUACUUGCUUGUUUAUUUUUGUGGUGAUCUUUUUCUUCUGUAGCUUGUAAAGUUCGCAUGCUGUACAAUGGCACCAUAUAGAAUGGCAAGAGGAAAUGUUAAUUACGCAUGCA